CCUUCGCUAUUGUCGUCGCGUUUUCAUGAUAAUCAUGGAAAAAAUGCUGAUAUAAUUGGAUAAUCCGAAAGACGUGCCUCACAAAUCGUCGUAAAUACGUGCAGUGAAAAGACAGUUAGAUAUUUUAUACAAUUAUAUGAUUAGUUGCUCUCAUUUUACAAAUUGCGCUAAACCGCAUAUUUAAAAUGGCAGCCCUACCACGUAGAAUAAUCAAAGAGACACAGCGAUUGAUGCAGGAGCCUGUGCCGGGAAUCAGCGCGGUACCCAGCGAGACCAAUGCGCGCUACUUCCACGUUAUCGUCACGGGCCCCGAGGAUUCGCCCUUUGAAGGAGGGCUGUUCAAAUUAGAAUUAUUUCUACCGGAAGAUUAUCCCAUGUCAGCGCCUAAGGUUAGGUUUAUAACGAAAAUAUACCAUCCUAACAUAGAUCGGCUGGGUCGUAUAUGUUUGGACAUAUUGAAGGACAAGUGGAGUCCAGCGCUGCAGAUCCGCACGGUACUGCUGUCGAUCCAGGCGCUACUGUCAGCACCCAACCCAGAUGAUCCCCUGGCCAACGACGUGGCCGAACUGUGGAAGGUGAACGAGAGCGAAGCGAUUCGGAACGCAAAGGAGUGGACGCGAAGAUACGCCAUGGACAACUGAGCGGCCGUCAGCGCCCCGCGCCCUGCAGUGCCUGUCCCUCGCGCGAUCGAGCUGGACGAAACUAACAGAUAUAUCAUUAAGAGUGCAAGUUAUGUUACACAUCCUAGACCAAGUAACUUGUGAAGAGACAAUUGUGGAUAAAUUUUUAUGACCGGUGGACGGCGCCGGCCACCCGCCCGGCUCCGGCCGCCCUCUCGCAUUUGUACGUAGCCUCGCCCUGCUCGUGCCGGAGCCAACCACGACACUACAGAUCAUUGUUUACCCAUUCACAUGUAGCUUCGUUAUGAUAUUAGGUAUGCAUAUUUUUUUACUAUCAGUAAUAGCAAAUAAAAUUAAAUGGAGACUUAAAUGUAUAUAUUUCAUGGUUACAAAUUUGGUUAAUUUUAUACAAGGAUAGCAAGUACUGUCACAAAGUUGAAAGUCGUUGUAAGGAACACCAUCACUUAAGUGCAAAUAAACUAAUUUAUCAGGUAACUGAUCUCUAGUGACAUACUGAAUGUUAAUUUAAUUUUUUUUUUACUAGGCAGUGGAAGUAUAGUUGUUUCGGUUUCCACUCUUAUUCUGCAUCAACAUGAUUUCACUGUGAAUCUUAUGUGUACUGUUUACAUCUUGUAUAAAAAUUAUCAUUAAAUUGUAUUUAUGUAAAUUUAAUUUGGC